GUGGUUUGACCCUUCUCCGGCCCCGUAGCAUUCUUGCAGAGCAGCCUCCGCGCAGGCUGCCGGGCAGUGCCGGUUCCGUCUCUCUAUGGAGCGGGGUGCGGCGGUGGCCGUGAGGCGGCUCCGCACCGCUGGCGGACAGCGGGAGCCCCGGGCUCCGCAGCCCCCGCCGUUGCCGGGGCGCGGGGAGGCGGACCCAGGUGGAAAGAAGCGGGACUGCCCCGCCGGCGGCUCCCGGUGGCGGCUGCUGCCUGAGGUCCGGGGGGCGCUGCUGGUGCUGCUCUACCUGCUGGCGCUGCGAGCCCUGGUGCAGCUCUCCCUGCGGCAGCUGCUGCGCCGGCCGGGGCCGCGGGACUUCAGCGCCCCCCGGGCCAGGGAAUAUCUUGAAAAUAUAACAGCAGUUGGUCCCAGGACAGUUGGAAGUCCAGAAAAUGAAAUUCUCACAGUUAACUACCUCUUAGGACAAAUUAAGGCAAUUGAAAGCGAAAGCAGUGAUGCACACAAGAUUUCUGUAGAUAUACAGAGGCCAACAGGCUCCUUCAGCAUUGACUUCUUAGGUGGCUUUACGAGUUACUAUGCAAACAUAACUAAUAUUGUGGUUAAGCUGGAGCCCAGAAGUGGAGCUAAGCAUGCUGUGUUAUCCAAUUGUCACUUUGACUCAGUACCAAAUACCCCAGGUGCCAGUGAUGAUGCUGUUAGUUGCUCAGUGAUGCUUGAAAUACUGAACACUCUCUCAAAGUCAUCUGAUCCCUUGCAACAUGCUGUCAUAUUCCUUUUCAAUGGCGCAGAAGAAAAUAUCUUGCAGGCUAGUCAUGGCUUCAUUACACAACACCGUUGGGCCGAGUCGAUUAGAGCAUUUAUUAACCUGGAGGCAGCAGGCGUAGGAGGGAAAGAGCUUGUGUUUCAAACAGGGCCUGAAAAUCCUUGGUUGGUACAAGCAUAUGUCUUUGCAGCCAAACAUCCCUUUGCCUCUGUGGUGGCACAGGAAGUGUUUCAGAGUGGAAUUAUCCCUGCAGAUACAGACUUCCGUAUCUACAGGGACUUCGGGAAUAUUCCAGGAAUAGACUUGGCUUUUAUUGAAAAUGGCUACAUUUACCAUACAAAAUAUGACACACCAGACAGAAUUCUAACGGAUUCAAUUCAGAGAGCAGGUGACAAUAUUUUAGGAAUGCUAAAAUACUUAGCAACAUCAGAUAAAUUGGCCAAAUCUUUUGACUAUCGACAUGGAAAUGUGGUCUUCUUUGAUGUGUUUGGUCUGUUUGUCCUGGCCUACCCUGCUCGUGUUGGCACCAUCAUGAACUAUAUAAUAACUGCAGUUACUGUCCUUUAUCUAGGAAAAAAAAUAUUACAGCCCAGAAACAGGGCUAUUAACUACAUGAAGGAGCUCUCCGUUGCAUUUGGCUUCACACUGUUAAGUUGGUUCUCCACAUUAGUGACUGUCCUUAUUGUGGCAGUGUUCAUCUCUCUCAUCGGACAGUCUCUUUCUUGGUAUAAUCACUUCUAUGUCUCCAUCUUCUUGUAUGGAACUGCAGCUGCAGCUAAAUUAAUCCUCGUGCACACGUUAGCCAAAAAUUUCUACUAUAAGAAUAGAAAUGAGCAGUACCUGGGGGAGAUGUUCUUUGAUGUCUCACUUCUCAUUUGGUCUAUUGCAUUGGUUCUAAUCACUCAGCUAGGCCUUUGCUCAGCAUUCAUCUGUGCAAUGUGGGUAGUGUUUCCUUUACUCACAAAGCUAUUGACCUAUAGAGAAUUCAAACAAAAAGGUGCCACAAUAAGAUUUGUCAUGAUGUACAUGCUGGGAAUGUUUAUUCCAUACCUCUAUAUAAUGUACCUCACCUGGACAAUAUUUGAAAUGUUCAUUCCCAUCAUGGGUCGAAGUGGUACAGAAAUUCCACCUGAUGUAGUGCUGGCAGCCUUUAUCCUUAGCAGCACUGUAAUUCUAUCUUCCUAUUUUCUUAACUUCAUCUAUCUUGCCAAAAGUACAAAGAAGACACUAAUAACAUUAACUACAGUGUUUGGAGUUACACUAAUUCUUGUUUGCAGUGGAGUAUUCUUCCCAUACAGUUCUGAUUCCGCUAAUCCAAAACCUAAGCGAGUCUUUCUCCAGCAUGUGAGCAGAAGAUUUUAUGGCCUAAAUGGAAACUUGGUAAAAAGUGACUCUGGAAUAUGGAUUAAUGGGUUGGACUAUGCUGGCAUAUCUCACAUCACUCCUCAUAUACCUGAACUCAAUGAUACUAUCAGAACUAAUUGUGAGGACAAGGCCCCUCUCUGUGGCUUUCCUUGGAUUCUUCCUGUGCACUUUCUUCUCAGAAAGAACUGGUAUCUUCCUGCUGCAGAAAUUUCUACCACAAACCCUGUUCACUUUAAACUUCUGGCCAAAGAGCAAAUGUCCUGGGAUUCUACAAAGUUAACCUUUGAAGUAUCAGGUCCCAGUCACAUGUCACUGUACAUUCGACCACAUGAAGGGUCCACACUGUCCAGCUGGUCUCUUGGAGAUGGAACUCCUGUUGCUAAUAUAGGAGGGGAUUAUUUUGUGUUUUACGCUCAUGGGCUGCAGGCUGUGGCAUGGAGCUUCUGGAUCGAAUUGAAGGCUGCAGAAAAGCACUCUGAUGGAAUGGUUUCCCUCGCCAUAGCAGCACAUUAUUUCUUUGGGGAAGAUCAAAAGUCACCUCAGCUGUAUGCCUUAAUGGAGAGAUUUCCAAACUGGACAUUUCCUUCUGGUUGGGUCUGCACCUAUGACCUCUUUGUCUUUUAGUCUUGCAGCAAUGCAGAGAUAACAGAUUAGUCUCACUGUGUCAGAAGCUGCAACACUCAUUCAUAAUGAGUUCAUUCUGGCAAGGUGCACAAGAUAGUUUUUACAAAUUUGUGAAAAACAUUCUGGGCACAAGAUUGUUUUUGUGGUAGCUUGACUGCUUAAGCAGGGUUCCUGUCCUCUUUCGCUGGGAGUGGGUGGUCUUGCCCUGUUGGGCUAGGGGAGAAGUGCCUCUAUAUUUAUGCAACUAUAAUUCAGCUGUUUCUUGCACUGACGUGGCAGUUCGACUAGUGUAGAUCUAACAUGAAGACUGCAUUUGAGGAGGUAACUAUAGAGUAGCCCUCUGUGCACUGUAAAUGAGGGUCUUUGUGAAGGAAUUCCCCCAGUGUUGUAAAAUACUCCCCAGGUUUUAAAUGCAUAUGGGUGCUAUCACCUACAAACACUUAUUUUAAUAGGACAGAUAGGACUAAGGUUUUGGCUAAAAGAUUGUGUAUAUGAUGGAGCAGAAGCCGUUCUCUGAGUAAAUAUUACUGUGACCUCUGGAUGAAACCAGUUUUGAAGUAGUCACUUAGACUAUGCUGUGUCUUUGGAAAGACUGGAAAUCUCAUGCAUGGAACUUGAUGAUCAGUCUGUUGCUUUCCCUAAGGAUUUAUGUAACUGUUGUGAAGAGAGACUUUUAAAGCACAUGAAGUACUGACGUGUGGAGGACUGUUCUUAACUUAAUCUUACAGCGUGGGAUUUCGAAAAGCACGUACGUAGUUUAGGAACACAGCUCCCAUUUAAAGUGAACAGGACUUGUGUUCCUAAGUUAGCUAUGUGUUUUGGAAAAUCCCACUCCUCUAAGAAAAAUGCAGCCACCAAAAACAAAUUGAAUCUUUGAUUUUGUUUUCCUAAACUGUAUGUGUAAGGUGGGGAAACUUCUCCAAAUUAAUUCCAGCAGUCUGUACUGACCACUCUCUAGCACAGUGGUCUAAACUUAGUGCUUUUUCACCUGAAUAAAACUUGUUGAAUUAUAUGCACAGGAUUAUCUUUGUGCAUGCACCAGUUAAAGCAAACAAGCUGUAGUGAUGUGGAUAUCUACACAGUAUGCGAGAAAUUAAUGCUUAAGAUGACAUUCCUCGUGACUUGCAGUUGGCCCUGAGGGAUGAUGGUUCUCAUGAUCAGGUUUAUUGGCUUCCAAUUUAAUUUUUUUAAUUGUUCGGUUAGAGUGUACUUAACCCAGCCUGGAACAAUUCAGAAUAGCGUGAGCAUACAUUUAGGGUGUUGCAUGACUGAUUCUCACAGACCAAUUAAAGUAUCUAAUUGUUUUGGUUUGUGUAUUGCAUAAAGGAAACAAACCCACCAGAUUAACACUGUUGGCUCAAUAGCACCUGGUCUUCCAUGUACAGUGCUUAUCCCUAUUCAUUUAGAGUAUUUAGCUAUAAAGAGGGGUGUAUUAUUAGCUUUCUGUAAAACUAUUAAAGUCUUAAUAGCUUUCUUUAAUGUAUCAUAGUUCUCAAAUGCAUUAUUUUGUACUGCACUUUCACUAGAGUUGGCACAGUUAAGCCUGAUGAAGGAUUAAGGCUGUACCAGAAUCAUUCACUUUGUCUUCCCCAAAAUUGGUAUUUUUAUUGUGCCUCUAACUUGUAAAAAAAAAAAAAAAAAA